AUGUCAGGCCUUGAGAUACUCGGCAUUGCCGCCUCGGUGGUUCAGAUAGCAGAUCUGGGAGCAAGGCUGUCGGUCCAACUGAUCGGCUUCUCCCGAAAAGUCAAAGAAGCAAAUAAAAGCAUUGAAGCAAUAUCUCAGGAGAUCGCAGUCACCGGAGCAGUAUUGCAAGAACUUGGUGCCGAGUUGAAGAAGGAUGAUAACAAGUCCGGUUGCUCCCGCCGAGCCCUUGAGACGGCACAACAGCUUGUCACUGCGUGCAAAGAUAUCUUCAAGGAGAUUGACGAGAUCGUCAAACCCAACGGAUCAACUGCGGCUGUCUCAUGGAAGCAAAGACUUAAAUAUCCCUUUUUUGAGUCCAAACUAGCCCUCUUGCGCACAAAGCUUGAGAGCUUGAAGAGCUCAUUACUUGUCAUUUUGAACGUCCUCGUUUAUGCGGAGCAAAUACGAAAUCGCGAAGCAUUGCCUAUCUUGAAAGAACAGCAAGCCUUGUUAGAACGUCUCGUAGAAGAAAAGCGAAACAAUGAGACGAAAUUACAACAUGCACUCGAAGGGACACAGCCUCCUUCAGAUCCACCUCCACAUGAAGAGGUGAAGCCUCGUCCGAAGCCGCCCGCUGUUGCAGCGAAGCAGGGUACUUCAAAAUCACCAACACCAGCUGAUUUCCAUUGCGCUUUCGUCGUACUUCACGGGCAGGAGGCCGCUGAGGAUAAAAAUCAACUCUCAUUCCUCGCUUCCGAAGUGGAGAAGGAACUUCUUGGACAUUGCCUCUUCGUCGAGAAGAUGAUCCGCGAGGCUGAACUGCCACAGUAUAGCCUGAGUACGAGGCUGACAAGCAAAGUGCAAGAAAACGUCCUCGCUGGCCAUUGGGGAGAGUGGUCCUAUCUUUCUAGGAUUCAUGGCCAUGAAAAGCUUCUUCAAGGCCUUUCGAGCAACAAAGCCGUGGUAAGCAUGACAAGUAUGGUGGUCAAGUCGUUCGUAAAAUUGAUAUAUUGUGUCAAGCAUUCAUACUGGACUCGGCGUAAUGCUUAUGAAAGAGUCGCCCAGCCUAGACACCAGAUGAGAGCGGAGAAGGUUCUCACAAUGCAUGAUCGGGAACUUGAAGAUGAUGUUCUAGAAGACGACAACAAUAUUCAUGCCCCUAAGGAUCGAAAACAGGUUUCAGUUCACGCAAGACGAGAAGAAAGCUUGUACGAAAUACUUGGUGUACCGGCUACCGCCAGCAGCACAGACAUCGAUAAGAGCUUUCGCCGCCUGGCUCUGAAAUAUCACCCGGAAAGAAAUCCUGGACGUGAAAAUGAAGUUUUGCCACGGUUCACUGCUAUACAAGCGGCUAGAAGCACCCUGCAGGAUCCGCAGACGAGGGAGAAAUACGACAAGGACCUACUUAAGUAUCAGGAGCUCAUAUUACGCCACGAAGAACGAGAAAUGAGACCAAAACAGGUAGCCCAAUACGCUGAAGAAAGAUCAAGGGUAUUGGUUCGUCGGCCAUCCAUAGGCCCUCGUCGACCAUCCACAGGGGCCCGCGGUCAUGAAUCCACAGAGACUCCCCGGCUUGAACGAAGAGGCCAUCGAGAUCGUCGCUGGAGCCGCCAUUCAGCAUCCGACUACGAUAGAACGGAGGAAUAUAACAGGGUUAUUCGUAGGAGAGAACAGCGUGAUAGGGAUGAUAGAAACCAGCUGCGACCUCUCCCCAGAGCAUCAAGCUCGCGUGUUGAAGAGCGCCAUAGUGCACCUGAGACAGAGUCGAACCCCGAGAUUGUCAUCGUGGAAUCAAGGAGACCCCGGAGACGCCCAAAGUCGAGGGAGAUGUACAGUUCCAGUAGCGACAGCGGUGAAGUAAGCGUUCGCCGGGACCGCGAUUCUCGAGCACCGCCAGUACCGAAAUUGGAAACAAUCGAUCAACCUCCCAAACCCGUGUUCACCAGUUUCACGGUCCCUGAAGACAAUUUCAAUCUUGACUUCAGCACUCUGGAAAACACCGAGGUCCUGGAAAAUUUCGAUUUUGACAGCUUCUUGGGGCCGGAUGAUGAUGCAUUCAACCUCGACUCUGAAGGGAACCAACGCGCAUUGACGACCGUGGGCAGCGACGACAAGCGCAGUCGUGUCACAACGGAGAUCCAUGAUCUCCUGGAACAGUUCGGUGGCUUUGGUAAUGAGGAGCUUCGAGGUCUACUGAGCGAAACUGUCGUAGAGGGAACCAACAAAGCGGAGACAGUACAACGAGAAUCAUGA